AUGCGAAGCCAACAAAGAAACCCACAUGCCUUUAAACCAUCUCAUAUUUCACAAGAAGUCGGGAACUCCUGGCAAGCAAAAUGGAAUACAGAUGAAUUCAAGUUGAAAUCUGAGCAUAACAAUAAAAAUAAGUGUAAUGGUCUGGAUGAUAGAAUAACACAACCUACCUAUAACACUGGAUCCACAAAUCAUUUGAAGAUAGCUUCUGAUUUGAAUACAAAAUUAGGACAUGAUCCACCCCAUAGUGAAUUGUUCCUGUAUACACGCACGAAGAAUCAUGAUGGAGUCACAUUUGCAAAUGAAAAAGAUAGACAAAUUCAUGAGGAAUAUACAGAAAAACGGAAAGAGAUGGAAGCUGAAGGUGCUGAAUUUGAGGAUGACAAAAUAUUUUGUGAUGUUGGUGGUGGUCAUGACAAAAAAAAGACGACUUUAUGGAUUAGACUCUUUUGUAAAGACAGUUCCCAAGAUUAA